AUGGCUUCAUCAAAGGAGAGCCAACGUGAAAAUGGCGAUGGUGUCAAGGGUGAGUCUCCAAUCUAUAGCCCAAAGAAACCCACACGCGACCAAACUAACGAACCGAAAGACACUGUCGAAAUGCCCGAAACGCAAGCGCCCAAUGGAACCCAAGAAGCAGGCAGCAGAAAUGAGGCUCUAGGCAAUAAUCAAUCAUACAGUCUAGCCAACUCCAACGCCCAAACACAAAACUCCCACAAAAACCCAAACGAGCCAUACAUUGACGAUGAAUACCAAGACUACAAUCCACAAUAUGGACAAGAAGAAGAUGGCCCGACCUGGUCUCUGGCACAGCCAUUGCCUCACAUCGUCCGACCAGGUAUGCGUCAUGGCGCCUUACCAGAGGACCGCCAAGAGGACGCAGAAGACAUGAAACGAUACGGCGAGGACCCGAGCCAGAAAAGCGCCGCGCAGAAACAACAAGUCUCUGAUGCGCGUGUUCGGCAGAACAAGGAUACAGAUGAUCAAGGGUUCUUUAAUACGUGGAGUAAGAUCCGGCAUCAAAUGAGGGAACCAUUGGCCGAAUGGCUUGGUACAACAGUAGCCAUGACAAUCGGACUCUGCGCAACCCUUUCAAACUUCACUUCCAACGGCCAAGGAGGCUCCUACACAUCCCAAAGCGCAGCCUGGGGCUUCGGCUUCAUGAUAGCAAUUUAUGCAACGGGCGGUACCUCCGGUGGGCACAUGAACCCUGCAAUCUCAAUCUCACUCUCGGUCUUCAGAGGAUUUCCCGCGCGGAAAUGCUUCAUCUACAUCGCCGCCCAGCUUCUCGGUGCGAUCACCGCGGGCGGGUUCGCGUACGCGCUGUAUCACGAUGCCAUUGUGGAGAUUGCGGCUGCAUCCAAGGUCCCGCAAAAUGCUAGUGCGGCCAUGUCUGCGAUGAUCACUAUGCCCAAGUCCUUUGUGCAUCCUGCCACGGCGUUUUUCACUGAGUUUGUUGGCAGUGCUAUUCUUGUCGGCGCUAUUAUGGCGUUGGGCGAUGAUACCAAUGCGCCGCCGGGAGCUGGCAUGCAGGCGUUUAUCUUGGGGAUUCUGAUUACGGUCAUUAUUCUUGCUUUGGGGUAUAAUACUGGCGGAUGUUUCAACUGUGCCCGUGAUUUCGGACCUAGACUGGUUGCUCUCAUGGCUGGAUGGGGCGGUCAACUCUUCCGUGAAUAUCACGCGUGGUGGAUUUGGGGACCAUGGUGUGCUGAUAUUAGCGGUGCCUUGUUUGGAGCCUUGGUCUACGAUAUGGCUAUCUUCACUGGUGGAGAAAGUCCUGUCAACUACCCCCGCGCCGACGCAAGCGUGCUAUCCGGGUCAGAUCAUUGA